GUAAAGGUUGUCAUUUUGGGACAAGAUCCGUAUCAUGGACCUAAUCAAGCUCACGGGCUCUGUUUCAGUGUCCAGAAGCCUGUUCCGCCUCCCCCCAGUCUAGAAAAUAUUUACAAAGAACUCUCUACAGAUAUUGAGGACUUCACGCAUCCUGGUCAUGGUGACCUGACCGGCUGGGCCAAGCAAGGAGUGCUCCUGCUCAACGCCGUCCUCACGGUGCGAGCUCACCAGGCCACCUCGCACAAGGAGCGAGGCUGGGAGCAGUUCACGGACGUGGUGGUGUCCUGGAUCAACAAGAACUUGCACGGGGUUGUCUUCAUGCUGUGGGGAGCCUACGCCCAGAAGAAGGGCAGCUCCAUUGACAGGAAACGCCACCACGUCCUGCAGACGGUUCAUCCCUCCCCGCUGUCCGUCAGCAGAGGGUUUUUCGGCUGUCGGCAUUUCUCAAAGACCAAUGAGUUGCUCAAGAAAUCCGGCAAGAAGCCCAUUGACUGGAGAGCGCUCUGA